AUGUCCUCUACAAACGACCUCGACAGCACCCGCCCACUCCUCCCCUCGAUCAACCCCCACCACAAUCCUCAACCCCGCACCCACCUCUCCGCCCUCGCCGCCCCCUUCGCCGCCAACAGCAUGACCCUCCGCGAGAUCUUCGAAGCGCUCACGUUCGCGGCGCUGGUCAAUCUCGUCGCUCUUAUUCGUGGUGGAGUUCUGGGGAUGCUUGUUUUGUUGGUGGGGGGUGGGAGGGAUGGUGAGGCCGGCGGUGAUUUUGGGAAGGCAGGUUGUGGGGGUUGUGAGGGAGGGGAGGGGAAGGGGAGGGCGCGUAAGGGGGAGGGAGGGCUUGAGUGGUUUUUGGGUAACAGGGCAACCCUCUCGACGCCGAUCGCGGACUCCGUCUGCUUCGCGAUGGAUCCUCCAACCUCGGCAUCCAUAAGCCUCACGCAGCGAGCCAAGAUCUGGUUCAUUGCCACUCUCUUCACCACCUUUAUCAAGAUCACUGGCAUCUUCAAGGGCACCGGCGAUGAUACCCUUGAUUCCUGCGUGAUCUCAGUUCUCACCGCCAUCGCCAUCGCCGUCUACAGCUCCAGACACACCUACUUCAUCUCUUUGCUCGCCUUAUGA